AGUGGUAGUGGUAGACUGGUAGAUUCAAGGAAUGUUAAAAAAAAAAAAUAUUAAAACUCACGUGUUUAAAUUUACACAAUAAAACCAUAUAUAUAUUGUUUUUUUUUGUUUUGUGUUGAUAAAUAAUUUAAUAAAAAUAUAUAAAACCAAGAGAUGACUCUCACGAGUUUUCCACGUGGUGGUAAAAAACCAUUAAACAAAUCAUUUGAUUCAUUAAAAAAAACAAAACGUAUUAAAACAAAUUAUGAUAAAAAAAAUGAUAAUGAAAUUGAAGAUAUAUCAAAUGAAGCAAAGCUGUUACCAUCUUCAGCUGAUUGUUUAUCAUAUCGUCAUUUAAAACCAGGUAUGGUUGUACUUGGUCGUAUUCAUGCAGCAACUGAUUAUGAUUUAUCAGUAUCAUUACCUGGUCGAUUAAGUGGUUACGUUCAAAUAACUGAUAUCAGCACAACAUACACUGAUUAUCUACAAAAAUUAUCAGUAUCACCACAAAAUUAUCCAGCUGAUUUUAAAUUAUUAUCAAAUUUAUUUAAACGUGGUGAUUAUGUUGUUUGUUAUAUUAAAAAAGUUGACACUGAACUUAAACAACGUGUUACAAUGUCAAUUGAACCAGAAUUUAUAAAUCAAUAUUUAGAUCCAAGUAGAUUAAAUAAAUCAUCAAAUGUUGUUUGUUCAGUAAGUAGCGUUGAAGAACAUGGCUAUGCAAUUGACACUGGUAUACCAAAUUUUCGUGCAUUUUUAAUGAAUCAAGAUAUUGAUGAAGACACAAAAUAUUAUCCUGGACAACAAAUUUUUUGUGUUGUUAAAACAAUAUCAUCAUCACAAAGUGUUUACACAGCUAAGCUAUCAACAAAAACUAAACAUAUGUCAUCAACUGUUACAAUUGAUGGUCAAUCAAUUGAUGCAUUAGUACCAGGUACAAAAUUUAAUUUAAUUGUUAAAAAAUUAAUUAAAAAUGGUCUUUGUGUAUCAUACAAUGGUGAAAAUAUUGGUUGUAUUAAUCAAACCCACUUGACAAUGCCACUUGUAAAUUAUGAAAUUGGUUCUACAAUUGUUGCUUCACUAAUGUAUGUUAUUCCAAUUGUUAAACUUGCAUAUUUUACACAAUUAACAUUAAAAAAAGAAGAAUUAAUAAUUGACAGUGGUGAAAUAAUAAAUAAUGCAAAAUAUUUAUAUCGUGAUACUGGUAUAAUAUUGAGUUUAAAAAAAAAUAUCAAAGGUGUUAUAUCAUUUUUAAGAACAAAUGUUAAUUAUGAUGAUAUACCAAAAGUAUUUACUAAAAAUUCAGCUCAUACAUGUCGUGUUAUGACUUAUGAUAUGAUGGAUAGACUUCAUGUAUGUACAAUGCAAAAACACAUGUUAGAUCCAAAUUAUACAACAGCUGAAACACUUAAAGUUGGUGAUAUAAUUACGGUUGAAAUAAUGGAAUACAAAAAAAAUGGUUUUGUAUUUGUUAAAUCACAUAAUGUACUUGGUGAUGUACCAUUUGAAGAAAUAAUUGAUCGUGAUCAAAAUGAUAAUGAUAAACCAAAAGUUGGUGAUAAAUGUGAAGCACGUGUAUUAUCUAAAAGUCCAAAAGGAAAUAGAUUUUUAUUUACACUAAAAAAAUCAUUAAUUGAAAAUGAUUUACCAAUAUUUUCAAAAAUUGAUGAUGCUAUUAUUAAAAAUAAAUAUGUUGGUAGUGUUGUUAUGUCUACACCAAAAAAAGGUUUAUUAGUACGUUUUUAUGGUGAUAUUAAAGGUUGGCUACCAAUAAAUGCAAUGAGACCAAUGACACCAGAAAAUUAUAAAAUUGGUGAAACAAUAUGUGUCAAAUUAACAUCAAUAAAAGAUGAUAAUAAAAAAAUAUUAUUAUCAUUAGUUAAAAAUAAAAAUGAUGAAAAAAUAAUAAAACCAAAAACUGAAGAUCUUGUUAAUUUAAAAAUUGGUGAUACUGUUGAAGGUAUUGUUGUUGAAUCAGAUGUCAAUGGUAUACAAAUGAAUAUUAUUAUAAAUAAUGAUAAAGCACAAAAAGUUAUAACAGCAUUUCUUCCUGCUGGACAUAUGUCACCAUCAAAAGAAAUUGGAAGUUCAUUGGCAUCACGUUAUUUACCUGGUGAUAUACUUGCUGCAUUUGUAUUUUCAAUAACACCUGAAUUUUUAUUAACCCGAACAUUUUUACCAACAAAAUCCUAUUCAUUACCUAAAAGAUUAAAAGUCAAUGAUAUUAUACCAAUAUCAGUUAAAGAAAUUAAUGAUAAACAUUUAAAAGUUAUUAUACCAGUUAAAGGAAUUAAAGAAUAUGGACAUGUUAAUAUAUCACAAGCAAUUGACAUUAAUACAUUAUCAAUGUAUUCAGUUAUUUAUGGUAAGGUGACUGUUCGUAAACCAGAUGAAUGUGUUACAUUAACAACAUUACUUGAUGAUAUAUUGUCACAAAAACAAGGUGAUUAUUGUCAGCUAUCAGCUUGUGAUAAUUUAGCAAUGUAUUUAAAUAAAAUUAAAGAAAUAUCAAAACAUCAUACAAUUAGCUGUAAACCAAUAUCAAAACUCCAUGUGGGACAACAAGUUGCUGGUGUUGUUGAAAAAGUAACAGAUAAUGGUCUUGUAUUAAAAUUAGACAAUGAUGUAUCAGCAAUUGUUCGUAAUGAUCAAUUAAAAGGUUCAUAUAAAGAAGGAUACAAAGUAAAGGGUAUUGUUUUAUGGAUAAAUUAUAUUCAUGAUGUUGUUGAGGUGUCAUUAUUAACACAUUUAUUAUCUGGUAAUUCUAAAGGACAUUUUCAUUGGUCAGAAAUUGCUAAAAAUGAUAAAACAAUAUUAAAAGGUGAAAUAAUUAUUGUAACACCUUGGUUUGCACUUAUACGUUUUUCUGGUGGUCGUAUUGGUGCUAUACCAAUUAAAAAACAUGUCAAUGAUACUGAGCCUGAUUUUUCAAUUUAUAAAGUUGGAGGAAAAGUUAGAUGUUCUGUUGUACUUAAUGAUCCAGAUUGUAUGUUGCCAAUAUGUUUUCCAAAAAGAUUGAAAAAAUUAAAAUUACCUAAAACUGUUUUAAUUAAGACUCAUGGUAAAAGGAAACAUGAUGAUGUUGAUGAUGAUGAUAAAGAUAAUGAUGAAGAUGAGGAUGAGGAAGACAACAAUGACAAUGAUGAGACUGUUUUACCAGCAAAAAAACUAAAAAAAGAAAUUGAAUGUUAAAUAAUUAUUCAACCAAUUGUAAUAAAUUAA